CCAGGCACAUCCAAUUAAACUUGAUGAAAAUCAUCAAAGCCAUGGGAGGCUUGAAUCUGCUAACCUGCACCCUCUGCUGCUUCCUCUCUCUCUCCAUGAUUUCCCUCUUCCCUUCCUUCGCAACUCCUGCUCUUCUCUUCCAGGGUUUUAAUUGGGCAUCAAGUGACAAAGGAGGAUGGUACAAUUCACUGAAGAAUCACAUUCCUGACCUCGCCAACGCUGGUAUCACCCAUGUUUGGCUUCCUCCUCCCUCUCAUUCUGCCGCCCCUCAAGGGUACUUGCCCGGAAGGCUGUAUGAUCUAGAUGCAUCAAAAUAUGGAACCAAGGAUGAGCUGAAGUCAUUAAUCGCCGCCCUGAACCAGAGAGGAAUCAAAGCCCUAGGCGACAUGGUCCUCAACCACCGCAGCGCCGAGCGUAAAGAUGCCAGCGGAAUCCUCUGCCUCUUCGAAGGCGGCACUCCCGACGGCCGCCUCGACUGGGGCCCACACUUCAUAUGCAGCGACGACACUGAGUUCUCCGACGGCACCGGCAACCCCGACACCGGCGAGCCCUGGGGCGGCGUCCCCGACAUCGACCAUGUCAACCCCCAGGUCCAAAAAGACCUCUCCGACUGGAUGAACUGGCUCAAAACCGACGUCGGCUUCGUCGGCUGGCGCUUCGAUUUCGUUAAGGGCUACGCGCCGCGGUUCGUUGGCGCGUACGUGCAGAACACGUCGCCGGAUUUCGCCGUCGCCGAGAAGUGGGACAUGAACCUGACCAAGGGUGCCGACGGGAAGCUCGCCGCCGACCAGAGCGCGCACCGGAGCGCGAUCGCGAGUUGGAUUGAGGCAGCUGGUGGCCGCGUCACGGCGUUUGAUUUCACGACGAAAGAGAUUCUAAACGUUGCGGUGCAAGGGGAGUUGUCGAGGCUGAAGGACGCGAACGGGAAGCCGCCGGGGCUGAUCGGAAUAACGCCAGAAAAGGCUGUGACUUUCAUUGACAAUCACGACACUUGGUCUCAGAGACUAUCGCCAUUCCCGUCCGACAAGGUCAUGCUCGGCUACGUUUACAUUCUCACCCAUCCAGGGACCCCAUGCAUUUUCUAUGAUCAUCUGAUAGAGUGGGGAUUGAAGGAGCCAAUAACUGCGGUUGCUACGAUUAGGUCGAAGCAUGGGAUUAGUGCUACGAGCAGCGUAAAGAUUUUGGCAGCAGAAGCAGAUUUGUACAUGGCCGCCAUUGAUGACAAAGUCAUUAUGAAGAUUGGACCCAAACAGGACCUUGGCAAUCUCCUUCCUGCAAAUUACAAGGUUGCAACCUCGGGGCAAGACUAUGCUGUGUGGGAGAAGACAAGCUGAAAAUUCAAAUAUAUAUAAUUUGUGGUUUAUAUUUUUAUACCAAUAAUAAUGUUAAUCUAAUUAAGGAGCUCAAAGAUAUGUGCUUUUCAAAAUAAUGAUGUAUGGAUCCAGCUAGUACUCCAUUGUUGGACUCCCGAAAAUAUGUAUCUUCAUCCAGAGCUGCAUUGCCAAUAUGCAUAGACAUAAAAAAAAAGUGAGUUGAAUUC